CUCCCCCGCACGCUGCACGCAUCCCCUCUCCUCUCCCCCUCGCCAUCCUCAAAUCCCGCUCCUCUCCUCCUCCUCCUCCUCUUCCUCCACCCGCUCCCCACCCACCACCACCACCUCUCACCUCGUCACCGAUCACCGAGCGCAUUUCGCAUGGAGGCGCUCCGGCUGUCGGGCCCGGCGGCGCCGCCCUUCGUCCCCGCGGCGAGGGUGGCGGCCGCGUGGGGCGCGCGUAGGCGGGGGGCGUCGAGGUCGUCGUCGUCCGUGGUGGCGAAGAUGGAGGGGGGCGGAGGCGGGAAGGGGGUGCCGACCACCAACUACGUGGUGCCGCUCGACAAGGCCACCGGGAUGACGCGCCCGCUCGUCGAGAUCCUCCGGGACCUCAACAAGCGCGUCCCCGACAAGAUCAUCGACCCCGACACCAACACCGUCCCCUGGUACCAUGCCAAUAGAAUGCUGAGCUUUUAUGCACCAGGUUGGUGUGGAGAAGUUCGCAAUGUUAUUUAUUCUGACAAUGGAACUGUAACCGUGGUUUAUCGAGUGAUUCUGAGAGGAACAGACGGAGAGGCAUACAGAGAGGCUACUGGCACGGCACCAGUGCACGAGGGCCGUAACGACGAUGCUGUUGCGGCUGCGGAGGAAGCAGCGUUCUGCAAAGCCUGCGCACGGUUUGGUUUCGGCCUCUACCUAUACCACCAGGACGAGAUCCCAUAGAGAUGAGGAUGGCUUUGAGGCUCAUUUCUGCAGAGGAUCUGGUGGUCACAAAGUUUGUAGGAAAACCGCGAUGAAUUUUCGCACCUUGCUGGUAGCACAAGGCGAGCUUUUGCUGAUGCAUAUUUACACAAGAAAAGCUUUAAUUUGUUGCUGCCUCAGUUGUUAAAUGUAUUGAGUCCAUGUCGUCCAGCAUAGUUUGUCAGAUAGGAAAAGAAACAUUAAAAUCGUGCCGUUGCAUAGUUGCUGUGUUUAUACCCGUUUUUUGUAUUUGAGUCCACGGAUGGAUAUUUUUGUUGUCAUGAUAAUGAAGUUGCUUCGACAAUUGACUACGA